GUGUAGUUUUAGUGGAGUUAGUCUGUGUUUAUAUUUUGGUGUGUGACGACUCACUGGCGGUGACGUUUCAUGACGGGCUCUUCGCCCCAACAGUGCAUUCUGGGUCCAUCCCAAGAUGGCUGCGCCCUUGGAGUAGUGCUGAAGAAGUGUCUCUCUGGGGGGGGAUUCUCGGGUUUGUGUGUGAUUUCCGCCAAUAUUGUUGCACCUUAUAAGCCCCCAGGGCUGCCGGUUUGUUGGAGAAGACUAUACGACCCCAGCCAUCGGCUGUGGACACUGCCCUACAGUUUUCUGACCAGGAUUGUUUGCGCCACCGUAUCGGUCAUCGUUCGGAGACGGAGUGGUUCCCCUUCCCGGGUUGAUACUUCCACCGCACCAAGGGCCCUGAUGAAAAUGGACUCAGACUUACUUCAUUCACCAGCUGUGGGCCUUGCUGAGGAAGAAGAGGCUGACAUGAAUGACUGGAAACUUCCCCUGGCCUUCAUGAAGAAGCGGCACUUGGAGAAGAUUGAGGGGUCCAAGGCUUUAGCACAGAGCUGGAGGAUGAAGGACAGGAUGAAGACUGUGAGUGUGGCACUGGUGUUGUGUCUCAAUGUAGGAGUGGACCCUCCUGAUGUGGUCAAGACCUCGCCUUGUGCCAGACUGGAGUGCUGGAUAGAUCCUCUGUCUAUGAGUCCACAGAAAGCCCUGGAGACCAUCGGGGCCAAUCUGCAGAAGCAAUAUGAAAACUGGCAACCUAGGGCACGUUACAAGCAGAGUCUGGACCCCACAGUGGACGAGGUGAAGAAGCUGUGCACGUCGCUGAGACGCAACGCCAAGGAGGAGCGAGUCCUCUUCCACUACAAUGGUCACGGUGUGCCACGACCUACUGUUAAUGGAGAGAUCUGGGUUUUUAAUAAGAACUACACCCAGUACAUCCCGCUGUCCAUUUACGACCUACAGACGUGGAUGGGGAGCCCGUCCAUUUUUGUCUACGACUGCUCCAACGCAGGAAUCAUUGUGAAGUCGUUCAAACAGUUCGCCCUACAGAGAGAACAGGAGCUGGAGGUGGCGGCCAUCAAUCCGAGUCACCCACUCGCCCAGAUGCCCCUGCCUCCCUCCAUGAAGAACUGCAUCCAGCUGGCUGCCUGUGAGGCCAGCGAGCUCCUGCCCAUGAACCCCGACCUCCCAGCUGAUCUCUUCACCUCCUGCCUCACUACACCCAUUAAGAUCGCCCUCCGAUGGUUUUGUAUGCAGAAGAGUGCCAAGUUGGUGCCAGGGGUGACUUUAGACCUUAUUGAGAAGAUUCCUGGCAGGCUCAAUGACAGGCGCACGCCCCUUGGAGAACUCAACUGGAUCUUUACGGCCAUCACUGACACGAUUGCCUGGAAUGUGCUGCCGAGAGAUUUGUUCCAGAAGUUGUUUCGUCAGGACCUGCUGGUGGCCAGCUUGUUCCGCAAUUUCCUCUUAGCAGAGAGGAUAAUGAGGUCAUACAACUGUACACCGGUUAGCAGCCCCCGCCUGCCCCCAACAUACAUGCACACUAUGUGGCAAGCGUGGGACCUGGCUGUGGACAUCUGCCUCUCUCAGCUGCCUACCAUCAUCGAGGAGGGCACCGCCUUCAGACACAGUCCUUUCUUUGCGGAGCAGCUGACGGCGUUUCAGGUGUGGUUGACGAUGGGGGUCUUCCCCCGGCCUCCUCCUCACAGUUGACCUCUGACCUCUGUUCUCUUUCAGGUUCUCCUGAGUCAGGUGCACCGGCUACGAGCGCUCGACCUGCUUGGGCGGUUUCUGGAUCUGGGACCCUGGGCUGUCAGUCUGGCCCUGUCUGUCGGAAUCUUCCCCUAUGUAUUAAAGCUGCUCCAGAGCUCAGCCAGAGAGCUGCGACCGCUUCUGGUUUUCAUCUGGGCUAAAAUCUUGGCUGUGGACAGUUCAUGUCAAGCUGACCUGGUGAAAGACAACGGGCACAAGUAUUUCUUGUCGGUGUUGGCAGACAAUUACAUGCCAGCUGAGCAUCGAACAAUGGCUGUCUUCAUAUUAGCUGUUAUUGUCAACAGCUACAACAUAGGACAGGAGGCUUGUUUACAGGGCAACCUAAUAGCCACCUGCCUGGAGCAGCUGUCAGACCCCCACCCCCUGCUCCGCCAGUGGGUGGCCAUUUGCCUGGGCCGCAUCUGGCAGAACUUUGACCCGGCACGCUGGUGUGGAGUCCGGGACAGUGCCCACGAGAAGCUCUACACCCUUCUAUCGGAUCCCAUCCCCGAGGUGAGGUGUGCAGCUGUCUUUGCUCUGGGCACGUUUGUGGGGAACUCUGCUGAGAGGACAGACCACUCCACCACCAUCGACCACAACGUAGCCAUGAUGCUGGCCCAACUCAUCAACGAUGGCAGCCCUGUGGUCCGCAAGGAGCUGGUGGUAGCACUGAGUCACCUGGUGGUCCAGUAUGAAAGCAACUUCUGUACUGUUGCCCUCCAGUUUAUAGAAGAAGAGAAGAACUACACAGUGCCAUCACCAGCCAACACUGCAGAACCCGGUAACCUGACUCCAGUAAGGGACAGCCCUGCCAUCCCACGCCUGCGAUCGGUAAACUCCUACACCAACAUCCGAGCUGCAACCACAGCCCGCAACCUGAACAAGAGUCUACAGAACCUCAACCUCAAUGAAGAGGGUGGACCAGCAGCCUUCUCUCCUGGUAACUUGAGCACCAGCAGCAGUGCCAGCAGCACCCUGGGGAGCCCCGACAAUGACGAGUACAUCCUUUCCUUCGAGACAAUCGACAAAAUGCGAAGGGUGUCAUCAUAUUCUUCCCUCAACUCCCUCAUAGGUGUGUCCUUCAACAGUGUUUACACUCAGAUCUGGAGAGUGUUGCUACAUCUUGCUGCAGACCCAUUUCCUGAAGUGUCGGAUCUGGCCAUGAAGGUUCUCAACAGCAUCGCAUACAAAGCAACAAUGAAUGCUCGGCCUCAGAGGAUCCUGGACUCUGGAUCUCUCACGCAGUCGGCCCCAGCCAGCCCUACCAGCAAGGGCAUACACAUCCACCAGGCUGGUGGGUCACCUCCCAUGCCCAGCGCCAGCAGCUCCAGUCUGACCAAUGAGGUGCCCAAACCCCCGGCCAGAGAGCAGCCAGCCACACGGCCACCCUACACCCCUACACUGGGAGGACAGGCACCCCAUUCCCACCAGUUCCCCCGCACACGCAAGAUGUUCGACAAGGGCCCAGAGCAGGCAGGUGAGGAUGGGGACGAGCCAGGUGGUCACAGGAACUACAUCAGUCCUGCGCUCCAGACAGGCCUGUGCGACUGGAGUGCAAAGUAUUUUGCUCAGCCUGUUAUGAAGAUCCCAGAGGAGCAUGACUUGGAGAGUCAGGUGAGGAUGGAGCGGCAGUGGAGGUUUCUAAGAAAUGCUCGUGUGAGAAGGCAGAGCCGAAGCAUCACACAAAGAGGUGUUUCCCGUCUGGAUGAUCAAAUUUUCAUCAACCGCAACCCUGGAGUACCUUCGGUUGUGAAGUUCCACCCCUUCAACACUUGCAUCGCUGUAGCAGACAAGGACAGCAUCUGUUUCUGGGACUGGGAGAAGGGUGAGAGGCUGGACUACUUCUACAAUGGAAACCCUCGUUACACUCGCAUCACAGCCAUGGAGUACCUGAACGGACAUGACUGCUCACUACUGCUCACUGCAACAGAUGAUGGUGCAUUACGCAUCUGGAAGAACUUUGCUGACCAGAAGAACCCAGAAAUGGUGACGGCGUGGCAGGGCCUUUCUGACAUGCUGCCCACUACCCGAGGAGCAGGCAUGGUUGUGGACUGGGAGCAGGAGACAGGGCUCCUCAUGACGUCUGGAGAUGUCAGAGUCAUCAGGAUCUGGGAUGCUGACAGGGAGAUGAAGGUCCAGGACAUCCCAACAGGAGCAGACAGCUGCGUCACCAGCCUGUCCUGUGACUCCCAGAGCUCUCUCAUCGUUGCUGGUCUCGGUGAUGGAUCUGUGCGUGUCUUCGACAGGAGGAUGGGUCCAAAUGAAUGUCGGGUGAUGACCUACAGGGAGCAUGGAGCCUGGGUGAUCAAAGCCCAUCUACAGAGGGAGACAGAUGGACAUAUCAUCAGUGUCAGUGUUAACGGAGACGUUCGAUUCUUUGAACCGCGGUCGCCAGACUCCAUCAAUGUGCUUCAGACGGUAAAGGGGUUAACAGCCCUGGACAUCCACCCACAGGCUAAUCUGCUUGCCUGUGGAUCAAUGAACCAGUUCAUAGCAGUCUACAACACUAACGGCGAUGUGAUCAGCAACAUAAAGUACUAUGAUGGCUUCAUGGGACAAAGGAUUGGGGCUAUCAGCUGUUUAGCCUUCCAUCCUCACUGGCCCCAUUUGGCAGUCGGCAGCAAUGACUACUACAUGUCCAUCUAUUCAGCAGAGAAGAGGCUCAGAUAACACACCAGCAUUAACCCCCCGCCCCCCACCAAAUCACCACAUAUGACUUCUGACCCUGAGCCACGAGCUCCAGGGUGUAAAUAAAUGUUUUGUUGUACAUAUGCAACUACCACUCUGAAUGUUCUAGUGAUGGCUGCUGACAAAAACUCAUGCUAUGAACAAUUAUAUAUAUGUCAUCAUCAUAUUAUUAUUAUUAUUAUCAUUGUGUAUUCAUAUUCUUAUUAUGAAGCUAAUGAUUGUAGACUUGGCUGUGCUGAGGAGUGCAUAUAUUUAAAUAGCAUAUACAGAAGAAGAGAGGUUCUAUUUUAAAAAAAAGUGGUACCCACUGAUGACCUGGGCUCCUCCUCACCCCUCGGGAAGCUUCGCUACCUGAAUGAACUGGGACCCACACCAGAUGUGGAGAGUGAGGGGCCACCCAGGAGAAAGCAUUCACUGAUGCAGGAGACACAGACCCACCCUCCACUGGGCCCCAGUGUGUUUAAAAAUGAAUUUUAAUGGCUGACUCUCAGCCAAAGGACAGGUGUUUUGCUGUACUUUGCUACAUCGGAGUCAAGAUGUUCAUAAGGACACGCCCAGAGAUAUUGGACUGUGCUCAUUCUUGCUUGACUCGUUGAUGAGUGUAUGUUUGUGUGUGUGUGUGUGUGUGUGUGUGUGUGUUAAAAUGAAUUGCAGCACAGACGUGCCCCACGGGGGGGCUUCAUAGCCCUGAGGUUUCAUGCCCAAAAAGCCACCUGUUCCCAUGCUAGGACUCUCCUUGCUACCUUGACCCAGGGUGCCAUAUUUUCCAUGUGAGCCCUUUGUAGUGGCUCAGAGGGGUGUUUUUGUUGGUUCUUUGUUGUUUUGUUUUGUUUUUUUACUUAUAAUAAGGGAAAACCUCCUUUGCCCCUAGGAUGAUACACACCCUCAUAUCUAGCACGGUGAGAGGAGGCUGGGAUUGCUACAAACGAAGCACCCAGUCGUACAGGGAGCCUGCGGACCUGCCUGCUCUGCUAAGCAAUAAAAACUCCCUUUGAUUCAGCUUCAAGCUCCUUCCCCCAUGUUUCCAAUAGAAACACCAGCUAUCAGCCUUCAUUUUCAGGUGAUAGCAGCAUCGCAUGCCAUGAAUAGUUUGAGAUAAUUGUAGCAGCCCAGGACCCCGGCCUGAAGCACCCAGAGGUGCCACUCUACAGCAAUACAAACACACCCAUUUCCAUUCAAAACACUGUCAUUCCUUGGAGUGUCUCUUGACAUACUUAGAGUAACAAAUGACUGUUUUUUACCCCAUCUGCACACUUCAGUGACAGGAAAGAUAUCAAUUAAAUAGAUUUUCCUGCCAUUGUCUAAAGGUUCUGCUGAUGCACACGUCCACAUCCUCCCCGUGUGGAAUGUACAGUAAAGAAUCCAAAGAAGCUCAACAAAUCCUUGUUUUUGACACUAGUCCCAUCUGUUGUUUGUUUGCUCCUUACAGUCUGUGUCCUUCUGGUGACUGGAAAGUAUAAAUAGAAGCUUACUUAUUUCCAAAUAGUCUGGACACCUUUCAGGUUUAGGUGAUGUGGCUCUUCACAACCAAGGAUCGUCUGUCACACCACAAUUUGGACGGUUUCUCAUUUUAAGAAAUCCUUCUACAAGGUUUCCCCUUUUAGACUUCGUUUCAUUUUUACUGCCAGAUUUGUAUGGUUUGAUUCUGUUUAAGAAAGUUGGAGGCAUAAAAUGUGCAGCACGUUAAGGUGGAGGUGUAGGAGCUGUGGCAUUCCCUGUAACCCUGUACCUGCUCGUGCACGCUGCUUUGGUCAGUGUUCCAAAUCUCACCCAGGUCCUCCUCCGCAGUGUCUGCAGUGUGGUAGACCAAUGGUUGUGAUCCCAUGACCUGGUGCAGAGAUUGUGGAAAUGUGUUUUCAAAUCAUGUUAAUGUAAAUGACAUUGUGGUGCUGUUUGGUUAAGUAGGCCUCUGAUUUAGAACAAAGGCUCUGACUGUGGUUUGUUUUUUGUUUGUGUGGUAUCACCAUCAACGUGCCCCUUCUCUGGGGCCGCAGCUUUGCUUGUUCAGCUUAUUUUAAUUUCAUUUUGUGUUUUAUAAUUUUGUGUUUUUAAAUCUGCCAGAUUUUAGUUGCCUUGGCCUCAGUGAGGUGACAGGAAAAAAAUGUGCAGACAGCCCUACCCUUCCCUCACACACAC